AUGGAAUUUUAACAUUUUCAUUAUUAAUUGAGUUGGAUUUAUUUGGCUUAUCAAUUGAUUAAAAAUAAUUCCACUUUUGAAUUACCAAUUUUAUUGGAAUUACUAUUUUCAUCCAUAAUUAAGAUAAUUAUUUCAUUUGAUGCUUACAAUUCUAAAUUUUACUUUGCAAUUACAACUACAUUUAUCUAUGCACUUAGCAUCAUUGCUUACUAUUAUAUAAAGAGUAAAGAAUAAUUUACGAAGUCUUUAGAUUUAGAAUUGGUUACUCCAAAAAUCAAUGAAUUUUAAAGAAUAUAUACAAACAAAACAUAAACAUCAAGAAAUAAUGAAAUACAAAUUUUCGAUCAUUUACCAAUUGGAUUAGUUGUGUUAACAUAAGAUCAUGAUUUUUAAUAUAUGAAUAAAAGAGCAAGAGCUUUAUUAGAAAGAGCUUCAAAUACUCAAAUUACAGAGGAUAAUGUUGUUAUUAUUAUAAAAGAACUGUUGAAGAAGUAAGAAUUUAAAAUUUAUUAAAAGAUGUAUUAACGACAAAAUUACAAGUGUGGGAAAUCUAACAAGACCCAGUUAAACUAGAAUCCAUUAAUUAUUAUCCAAAUUCAAUUAGAAGUAGAGAGUGAGCUUACCACAUUUAGAUGAUAACUUUCUUAAAUAAAUCGAUCCUAUCAAUAGUAUAUUGCAUCAGCAAAAUGAUUUUGUUCCAUACUCAUAAUAAUUAAUGGAUGUAAUAUAAUAUAUAUUCAAAAGAACAAAUAUAGAAUCCAAUUCAAUUAUAAAGGAAAAAAAAGAUGCUUUCGAUUUCAUUUUACGAAGCAUCAUUAUUAAAUUUUAAUUAAUUUAUUAGAUGAAACUUCUAAAAUAGGAAAAUUAGAUUAAAAAAGCAAGCAUAUUUUUUAGAAUUAAUUGUUAAAUUCAUUCUCUCAUGAAUUAAAAACACCCUUAAAUUGUAUACAACAAUUAUUGGAAGUUGUUAUGUUGAAAGUGGAUUCAGAUCUAUAAGAAAAUAUUUUAAAACCAAUAAAAUGGCAAACUGAUUUAUUGCUAUGUUAAAUUAAUGACAUACUUGAUUAUGCAUCAUUUGAGAUAAAUGAUUUUAAUUGGGAUUUUUCAUUAUUUUAUUUAGAAGAUUUAUUAUAAGAUUGUAUUUCAAUAUAUUUGUCAGCUUGUAAAUAAAAAAAAAUAGAAUUAAAAUUAGAAACAAAUUCUUCAGAAGAUAAACAAAUGAUAAAUAAUGAUUACAAAAGAUUGAAACAAGUAAUUGUAAAUCUUUUAAAUAAUUCAAUCAAAUUUACUUAAUAAUAUGGAGAGAUCGUCUUAAGAGUAUCAGAUAUAAAAAAUAAUAUGUAUUUAAUUUAAGUGAUUGAUACUGGAUUAGGUUUAUCAUAAGAAUAGCUAAGUUAGCUCUAAAUGAAUAUUGAAUAAGACAAUUAAGAAAACGAAUAUAAUCAAUUUCAUGUUGGAUUAGGAUUGAAAGUAGCAAAUAGAUUGAUUUUAGGAUUAUCAUCUUUAAAAAAAGGUUUAAAAAUAAAUUCAACUUUGAAUAAAGGCACAAUCAUUUCCUUUACUAUUGAAGACUUUUUGGAGGAAAAUAAGAGUUAAGUAUCAGAAAUAAAUUUAAAAGAUGCUUAAAUUAGUAGAUAGUUAAGUUAAUUGACAACAAGAGAAUUUAAAUUUAUUAAAUAAAUAAUUUGUAAAUGUAAUAAAAUAUUAAUCGUUGAUGAUAUACCUUUUAAUCAUCAUGCUUUAAAAAUGAUUUUAAAUGAAUUGAAUUGUCAAGCAGACAGUGCCUAUGAUGGAUAAUAAGCAAUAGAUCUUAUUAAAUCAAGAAUUAAGAAUAACAAUUGUCAUCCUUAUUAUUCAUUAAUUUUAAUGGAUAUUGAAAUGCCUAAAUAAAAUGGAUUUGAAGCUUCUCUUAAAAUUAAGUAGAUUCUUGGAGACCAAAGUGAUUAGACUACAAUAGUAAUGUGUUCAGCUUAUGAUAAUUAAGAAUGUGUUCAAAUGAGUUAGAGAUGCUUUAUGAGUGAUGUAUUGCCAAAACCAAUCACCAAAAUGAGUUUACAGUACAUCUUAGAAAAAUAUUUAAGGUGAAACAUAAGUUAAAAUAUAC